AUGGUCAGGGUUCAAGACAUAGCGUCGGAAUCCAAAGACACGAUCCCCGACGAGUUCGUGCGGCUCGAGAGCGAGCAGCCGGCGGCCACCACCGUCCGCGGCGUCACCCUCGAGGUCCCGGUGAUCGACGUCAGCGACCCGGACGUGGACAAGGUGAGGAAGCUGAUCGUGGCGGCCAGCAAGGAAUGGGGGAUGUACCAAAUCGUGAACCACGGGAUCCCGCCGCCGCUCAUCGCCGAGCUCCAGAGCGUCGGGAGGCAGUUCUUCGAGCUGCCGCAGGAGGAGAAGGAGGCUUACGCCAAGCCGGCGGGGGCGAAGUCCGUCGAGGGUUAUGGGACUUUCCUGCAGAAGGAGGUGGCCGGGAAGAAAGGAUGGGUUGAUCAUUUGUUUCACAAGGUUUGGCCACCUUCUGCUAUCAACUACAGGUUUUGGCCACGAAACCCGCCUUCUUACAGGGCGGUGAACGAGGAGUACACGAAGCAGCUACAUGGCGUGGUGAACAAGCUGUACGACAGCCUGUCGCUAGGGUUAGGGCUCAACGCCGGAGAAUUGAGGGAAGCUCUCGGCGGAGACGAACUCGUCUAUCUGAUGAAGAUAAACUACUACCCACCGUGCCCGCGCCCCGAUCUGGCGCUUGGAGUCGUGGCUCACACCGACAUGUCGUCGCUCACCAUUCUCGUCCCCAACGACGUUCAGGGGCUUCAGGCCUGUAGAGAUGGGCAGUGGUACGACGUCAAGUACAUCCCCAACGCACUCGUCAUCCACAUUGGCGACCAAAUGGAGAUCGUGAGCAAUGGGAUCUACAAGAGUGUGCUUCACAGAACCACGGUGAAUAAGGAUAAGACGAGGAUGUCAUGGCCGGUGUUUUUGGAACCGCCGGCAGACCACGUAGUGGGUCCUCAUCCAAAGCUCGUCGGCGACAAGAACCCGGCCAAGUACAAGACCAAGAAGUUUGGAGACUACUGUUAUUGCAAGCUCAACAAAAUUCCCCAGUAG